CACUCUGUCGAAAGGUAGAUGUCACCAUAAAGAGGGAACUGUAUACAUUUACUUUAUAAUAGAGAGGACCCUAAGUGGCAGAAUGUCCUCCUUAUCUCUAGAACGAUCCACUUUAUCGCGGGAAACAACAUCCUCUGGUCUUGGAUCAAGGCUGGCUCACACUGCAUCCCAUCUGUCUACCCAGCGAUCCAAUGCGAACUCUGCCAAGUCCGGAUCAGAUGUCAAAUCUACGAUUUCAGGUCAUACAAAGAAAAAAAACAACCUGGAACAAAAUCCAUUUAAAAUCCCUCCAGAUGUUGAUUUCUUCCUUAUUCGAGACCAAGAAAAAGAGAAGAAGCAGAAAGAGAAAGAACGUAACAAGAACCUAAAAGUUCAUGAAAAGACUACAUAUACAACACAAAUGAAUGCAAAACUGGCUGGGCUUCGAAAAGCGAUGGAAAAAGAGGAGCUGGAAGAAAUUGGAGAGGAAAUAGAAAAAACUGUUGCCAUACGACAAAACCCGUCAUGGAAAGUGUCAAUUACAAAAGACAAGCAGGCACAUAAAGAAAGUCUCCAUGAAUUCAUCGACAAGAAGAGGGAAAUGUUCCUUCUGCAGUAUUCUCUUACAGUAAAGCGAGAUGUAAUCCAGACGCUGGAGGCACAGGCUGCAGCCGAGGAGAUGAAACUGGAGAAGGCUGAGCAGUUUCUAGAGGAAGACGCCUUACGGUUCGAUGAGUUUCUGAAGCAAAAUGAUAAGAAUUCCGUGGAGGCCUUAAAGCAAGCUGAGAAGGAAACAAAGCUGAAGAUGGAACGAGUGGCCCAAAUCAAGAGUCAGUCAGCACAGAUGGUGAAUAUCAAGAGUGACAUCUCCAAAUGCGAGGAAAUUCUACGGGAGUAUCUGAUGUACAAAGAUUUCCUCUUUAAGCUGUCACCCAAGGAAUGGCAAGAAGACGUGCUAAAGAGAAAGGCAGAAAGAAAGAAAUCCGCAGCUACUGUGUCCAAAGAAAAGCGAGGUUCAGAAAGUAAAGUUUCUCUGUCUCCUGUUCCUGUUAAGAAGGCAGAGAGCAGAUCUUCCGGUCAAGUUAUCCAAAGUCGUGAUUCCACAAGAGAUAUUCGUCAGCCUUCGAGACACAGCACAAAAACUGUGGGUUCUAAAAAGACGAGCAAUACAGCUUUUCUGGUGGAGGAAAAGGAAAUCCCAGAAAACCCGAUAUAUUCAGACAGCGAUGAGGAACCGGAGCUGUACUUCACAGACCCUCAGCAACUGCUCAAAAUCUUCUCAGAGCUGGAGGAGCAGAAUUUGUCCUUAAUCCAAAACUCUCAGGAGACAGAGGAGGCACUUGAGGAGAUCAAACAUACCAUUUCCAGCACCAAGGAGAAAAUGGAGAAAGAGACUCAGCAACUCGAAGAUCACAUUGACCAACUCAAAGCAGCUAUUACCCUGGAAGAAGAAAGAGCUGCUGAUUUAGAACUAAAGUCCAGAGUUUUUGCAUUUGGGCAGUACAAAUCUGAGGAUCAGGACAACAUGCUGGCAUCUCUCAGCAAAAAGGUGGAAGAUGUAUAUCAGGCCUGCAUUGGAGAGAACAGAGGAAACCUCAAUGCCCUUCAGAUGCUAAUGAUAAUUGAGCACCAGUUGGAGGAGCUACUGGAUAACAUUGAGGUGAUCCCCAAGGAUAGGAUUGAAGUUGCAGAGAAGGCCAAAGAGAAAGAGAGAAGACUGAGGCUGAGAGAGGAGAAGAUUAAACAGCAGAAGCUCCACCAGGAGGAAAGGCUGCGCAAGGCACUACAAAGAGCACAGGCUGAUCCCAAAAAAACAACUGGGAGGAAAUUGAUGGCUCGCUCUGAUCCACCAGCCCUGAAACUCAAGCUCGAUAAAGACCAGGACAUAAUAGACAAGGAGAAGGAAGAAGCUUUGCUUUUUUUCAGCUAGUUUUGUCUUACAGGGUCCAGAUGUACAAUGUGACCUGCUCGUAUGGAAUGGAAAUGGACAUGAAUAUGUAAGGAAUGUAACUUACCUCCACCAUUAUUAACCAGGCCAGGACCCCUCCUGGGCAAUCAGCACUCAGAAUCAUUCACUCAAAGAAAUAUUCCAAGCUCCAUAACCACUACUGCUGGUACCAUCCUUAAGUAGUAAAAUUGUUCAAGGACCACUAGUGUUACGAAUACAAAACUCAAUCCCUAACACUACAGCAUUCCGCUGCCUCCAAAGCCCCCGUCCAGGAAAGGUGUAAAUAACCCUUUCAGUCACUUACCUGUUUCCAGUGCCAAAGUCCCUCGGUGCUGGAUCUGUCGUCUUUCUGGACGUCAGCCGAUGGGAGGAACCUAAUGCUUGGCAAGUGCCCACACGCAUUAGCCUUCCCCACAGGCAAGCAUUGGAUAGGGGGAUUUAGAAGACACUGGACAUCCUCAAGCAAAGUGUGAGGACAUCCAUUGUCCUUUCAUGGAGUUAAACCCUGGUAGAGGCAGUCUUAACCCUAGUCUCUGAAACUGCAAUGUUUUAUAUUGCAAGGAUAAGGGGACAGUGACAUUGCACCUAGACCACUUCAAUGCAAUGAAGUGGUCUGGGUGCCUGUAGUGUCACUCUAAAUUACAUAGUGACACCUUACCUGGGUCUGGCUGGGCACUUCUGGCCACUUCCCCUGCAUCUGGUCUUGCUUUUGAGGGAGCAUAAUGGUUGUUCCUUAAAGCAAAGCAUGGACAAUUUAGGAUUGAAAACAUUAUCUGAGACCAUGAUCUGAGUGCUUUCAGCCAGUGAAUGCACUCCUGCAUCAGCAUAGGUUUAUUCUACAGACCCACCUGACUUAAUAUGGCGUAGGUACCCAAGAAACCAAAGUUGUUGAAAUGUACUAAAACAGUUUGACUACUUUCUGUAAAACAUCAUGCUAGUUAAUUAACUAAACACUGAAUAUUAGUGAUUUGGAAUCCACACUGCAAAAUUGAGACAAAACGUUUUAGGGUCAAACCAAUAAUCUGAGACUAUAGUGGAGUUACAGUGUUUAUCAAACUUAGUACUUUUUGUCUGAAUUUUACAAUUUGGAGUUCAUUUCACUUCUAUUUGGUGUUUAGUGAAUAAACGUAUUCCAGAUAAAAAGACUGACGCAUUAAAGACACUGCAAUCAUUAUGUCACAGCAUCACGCUAAGAACAAUUCAGCAAUUAAAAGAGCGCUGUGUCAAAUGAUAAGAUUUAUAAAGAGUUAAACAUACUGUAAGUGUUGGAGAGACUUAGGAUUAGCGUUGAGGCAGUAUUAUUAGAUACUUAAGGUAAAGAUUAGAAUAAAGGGGUGUUUGGAUUGGAGAGGUUUAAGGUAAAGGCCAACCAUCCUAACAAUUUUGCAAGCCCCCCUCAUCCACAUCGGAUUAGCACCACAUACAUAGGUAGCAAUUUACAUAUAAUCAAGUAGACAAUUUUGCAUACAGAUUUAUUCAUGCAUAACUUGCCAUACAAACACAAUCUCACACACAGACAUAAAGAAAACACAGAUGCACAAACAAAGGUAUAAACUUGCUCAGAGAUACCCACUAGCACAAUAGACACACUAUAGCAAACAUAUGCAUUCUUGUGCACAUAGAUUGUAAAACUCAUGCAGACACAAACACGCAGACAUCCAUGGACAAAUGCAAACACACACAUGCACAACUUUAUUCACCCUACCUAUGCUAACUUUACUCAGAAAGGGGCUUUCUGUUGUCACUAGUGUCUCGUGUUUUGGGAAAUGAUAAUGCUGCCCUCUUGCUCCUUCGGGGCUGAUUGCAUGUCAUGC